GCUAAUUACAUUUCAGCCGGAUAGAGUCACUGAUAAUUUAAUAUGAGAGUAAAAUAAAACAUAUUUUGUGACAAAAUGCCUUGCGGAUAUGCGUUAGGCUCAGUUGUUCAUUGUUGCGUGAGUCAUCUUAGCAUCAGUGGAGUCACGUCCCUCACGUAGCGGCUGAUUGAAUCGGAAGUGAUCUGUGUGUGAACGUGUCUUUACAGUGACGUGCAGUUCACUUGAAUUACGUCCCAGUACUGUACAGAAACAUCGUAACGAGCGAGGAGCUGCGUGAAGAUAAGAGAAAGCUCUCAGUGAACAGACCCGUUUAUGCCGAAUUAACUUCACUAACAAACAACAAUGAAAUCCUUCUUCAUUCUGUUGGCGCUUUUACUCUCCAGCGUCCACGUGACGAGAGCAGGAUCCGCUGCACACAGGUGCUUCUGCCAGGUCACUGGGACUCUUGAUGAUUGUGCUUGUGAUGUUGAGACCAUCGACAUGUUCAACAACAAAGAAAUCUUUCCCAAACUACAAAAGCUACUAGCAUCUGAUUAUUUCCGGUUUUAUAAGGUCAAUCUGAACAACCCCUGCCCGUUCUGGACAGACCACAGUCAGUGUGGACUCAAAUACUGUGCUGUGAAACCGUGCACAGACGGUGAAGUACCAGAAGGCCUUAAAUCCAGCAGUUAUAAGUAUUCAGAAGCAGCCAGUCAGGAUAUAGAGGAGUGUGAGAAGGCAGAGAAACUCGGAGCUGUAAAUGGUUCUCUAAGUGAUGAGACACGUCAGGCUCUUCAGGAGUGGAAGAAACACGAUGAUGAAUCGGACCGUUUCUGCAUGUUGGAUGAUGAGGACUCGCCUAAAUCACAGUAUGUUGACCUCCUGCUCAAUCCUGAGCGUUUCACCGGCUAUAAAGGACUGGAGGCCUGGCGGAUCUGGAACAGCAUAUAUGAGGAGAACUGCUUCAAACCGUAUUCAGUUAAACGACCACUGAAUCCUUUGGCAUCUUACAGUGGUGAGCGUUAGUGCUGCUUCUAUCGCUGGCUAGAAGGCUUGUGUGUGGAGAAGCGAGCGUUCUUCAGGCUGAUCUCAGGACUGCAUGCCAGUAUAAACACUCACCUGAGCGCCAGGUACCUACUAGACGAAAACUGGUUUGAAAUGAAGUGGGGUCACAACGUCUCCGAGUUCCAGUUGAGGUUUGACGAGGAGCUGACAAAAGGGGAGGGGCCAAAGAGAUUACGCAACCUCUACUUCCUGUACCUCAUUGAGCUGCGUGCUCUCGCAAAAAUACUGCCUUAUUUUGAACGUCCUACCUUUCAUCUGUACACUGGCCAACGCACUCAAGACAACGAGAACAAGAAACUGCUUCUAGAGCUCCUCCAUGUGGCCAAAUCCUUUCCAUUACAUUUUGAUGAGACUGCUCUGUUUGCUGGAAAUAACAAGGAAGCUAUGAAACUGAAAGAAGACUUCAAGCUGACUUUUAAGAACAUCUCGCGCAUCAUGGAUUGUGUUGAGUGUUUUAAAUGCAGACUUUGGGGCAAAUUGCAGACUCAGGGCUUGGGAACUGCACUGAAAAUCCUGUUCUCAGAAAGGCAGAUAGAGGCAAUGCCCAACACAAGCAACACCAAUCCAUCAUUUCAGCUCAGCCGGCAGGAAAUAGUGUCUUUGUUCAAUGCUUUUGGAAGGAUCUCCACAAGUGUCAGAGAGCUGGAGAACUUUCGGUCGCUGUUGUCAAAUCUCAAACAGUGACCGUAAAAAUCCCUCGUUCAGCCACAGUCAAGAAUCUGACAUGCAUAACACAACCGGACAGAUUUGUUUUGGAUU